GGACUUCAUUACCAUCUAGUAAGUGACUGCACACGUGGACUAUAAUUUGAUCUAUACUAAGUUUUGUAAGUUGCUCCUUCAUUCCUCAAAUGCAAAAUUAUUUGGUGCAGGUUUCAAGUCGAAGAUGGAUGGUCGAUUGUUCCAGUUCACUCCUCGGGACAAGAACCUCCUAGCAUUUAUGUCUCUCAACGCCCAGUCCAAACCAUGUAGCAAUGCUCUAGUUUUUAUUGCUGGACAGACUGACGGUUUUCUCUCGCUCAACUACUCUGUCCCUCUUGCGGGAAAACUGGCCACUCUCGACUAUUCGCUGAUCCAGGUGAACUUGGGGAGCUCGUUUCUACAGUUUGGCUUCAAGUGCUUGCAAACAGACAGUGAAGACCUCACUGAUUUGGUGUCGCAUAUUGAGGAAAAGUAUGAAUUCAAGAAAAUUGUUUUCAUGGGAUCCUCAACAGGUUGUCAGGACAUACUGUAUUUUCUACGCCAUUCUGUCCUAUCUAACACCAUUGAUGCUGUGAUCCUACAAGGAGCUGUGAGCGACCGUGACUACAUUACAACGCUACCAGAGACGCAAGGCAUGCUGCAACAGGCCAGAGAGCUAAAGCAAAGCAAUCAGGGCGAAAUAUGCCUAUCAGAACGAUAUUUCGACGCACCGAUAACUGCGAACCGAUAUCUCAGUCUAGCAGAACGUCUUGGAGAUGAUGACAUGUUUUCACUAGAUUUAACCGAAGCCGAGCUAAUCCCAAUUCUGUCUGCAGUGAAGAUUCCUAUUGCACUAUGCUUUAGUGGUCAAGACGAGUAUGUACUCGAUCGCGAUGGACAGAGGGUGUUUGCAGAGAGGAUGGUGGGAGUGCUGCAGAGGAAUGCACCAAGAGUCGAGUGUCGAUAUUUUGAUGGAGAUCAUAUGUUAACUAGGCCAGAAUAUCAUCAAACUUUUGUUGAUUUUGUCUCUGAUUUUGCUUCAAAGCUACUGUAACAUCGAAUGAUUCUUUUGUUAAAAAUAAA